UAACCACUCCUCCAGUUUCCAGUUGUUCUCUGGAAAUCUGAUACGCUGUAUCACUUUCCUCCCGCGCAAUGCCUUCCCCCUCCCCAUCCCAGUCUCAAUCCCCAUCCCAACCCCGCCCCAAAUCCCGCCCCACGGCAUCCUGUCUCCCCUGCCGCACGCGCAAAGUAAAAUGUAACCGCCAAACCCCCUGCACAGCCUGCACGGCACGCAACAUCCCCCAAGAAUGCAAGUACGCCGCGCCAGACGCAGACCGCCAGGCCAUCGCGCAGGCGGAGGUCAUUGCCGAUUUACGCGCCAAGGUGAGACGGUUGCGGGGACGGUUGGCUUCGAGUUCGGUUAUGGGGAUUAUAGGGGAUGAGGAUGGAGAUUUCGAGGGGGAGACGGGGGAGGAGGGGGGUGGGGGUUUAGAGGGGAGAGAUGGGGAUGGGGAAGAGGGAGAAGAGGAGGAGGAGGAAGAGGAGGAGGAAGACAGGGUGGCGGACUUGGAGGCCGUGUAUCAGGUGUUGCGGGAUGGGGAGUGGGGGGAGGUGCAGCGGGUGGUGGGCAGGUUGAGGGCCGGGGAGGCGGUGGGGGGGAUUGCGAAGGAUGUGUGGAUGGUAGAGAAGGAGGGUGAGUGUGUAUGUAUGGCAUCUCGUGGUUUCACAUAG